ACAUCAUCCCAUUUCUAACAGAGAAAAAAAUAAAAAUAUGUAUUAUUUUGUGUCAAAUGACGAGAAUAAAAGUGACUAAACCAAAGAGGAUAUUAAAUAUUAAAAAAAAACAUUUGUUAUUAUAAUUAAUAUUAUAAAUAAAUAAAAAAAAAAAUAUGUCAACGAUGAAAGGCCUGAGUAGAAAUAUGCCAUAUUUUCAACAACAAUUUGCAGCAUUAUUAGGCAACACAAGUGCAAGUGUCAAAUUUAUAUGUAUUGUUGUUUUAAUAUCAUAUUGUUUAUCAUACAUUGAACAAAUGAUAAUUGCAUUAAGUGUAACACCAGGUUAUUUAAAACCACCAGCAUUUUGGAUAUGGACAGCAUUUACAUUUUGUUUUUUGGAAAUUCAUUUAUGGGAAGUAUGUAUUGACAUUGUAACUGUUGGUUUAUGUGGUAAAUUAAUUGAGCCAUUAUGGGGUGCAUUUGAAAUGAUGUUAUUUUUUGCAAUUGUUAAUUUUGGUGUUGCAAUAAUAUCAUCAUUAUUUUAUCUAUUUUUAUACAUGUGUACAAGUGAUACUGAUUUAUUAUUUGGUACUCAUAUACAUGGAUUGGCUGGUUAUCUUGCUGGUGUAACAGUUGCUGUCAAACAAAUAAUGCCUGAUACAAUAUUAGUUAAAACACCUAUGGGAAAAAUAACAAAUAGAAACAUACCAUUAACUGUAUGGUUUUUUAGUUUACUAUUUUGGAUUGUUGGUGCACUUGAAGGUACACAUCCAACAAUGUUUUUAAGUGGUAUUAUUGUAUCAUGGAUUUAUCUGAGAUUUUAUCAAAAACAUACCAAUGGAACAAGAGGUGAUAUGGCUGAUAAUUUUACUUUUGCAAGCUUCUUUCCAAAUGUAUUACAGCCACCAAUUGCUGUUGUGAGCAAUACUGUUCACAGUUUUUUUGUUAGAGUUGGAUUAUGCAGAAAAGUUGUUAGACGUUUUGACAUGUCAAAUGCACCACCUGGUCUUGUUGUUUAUUUACCUGGUAUUGAUCCACAAGACAGUGAACGAAGAAGACAAAUUGCAUUGAAAGCAUUGAGUGAACGAUUGAGCAAGGAUCAUUCAAAACCCUGGCAACAAGAUAGAAAUAAAAAACACUUGUCAAAUGCUGUAUCAAUUGCUAUACCAGAAUCACCAAUACCCAAGCCACUUGUUUCUCCACUUAUUCCACAAAUGAAUGCAAAUAUUCACAGUCACAUGACAUCAAAUACGUGAUCAAGUUAAUUAAUUUUAAAUUAAAUUUUUCGAUCAUAAUUUUUGAUCAAUCUUCAAGUCAAUAGUACAUUAAACAAAAACUAAUUGUUUUUGAAUUUUUUUGCAUAUGACUUAACGUGGUUAUCUCAUUUAUUAUAUUUUAAAUAAAUAAUUCUUCAUAAUAUUGAGAUUUAAUAAUUUUUUUUUUUUUUUUUUUUUUUUAUAAAUACAUGUGGAUAUUAAUAACAAAAAUAUUUCGAAAUUUUCUUUUUCACUAUUCCUCGUUUUUUUUUUUUUUUUUGUGUAUUGUUUAUUUAACAAAAAAAAAAAAAAAUACACAAAAUUAAUAUUUAUUUCUUUUUUUAUGUAUAAAAAUUAUAGUUGAUUUUUGAAAAAAAAAUAAUAUUAUUUUCUACACGUUGAAAUGUAAAUAAAAAAAAAAAAAAUUAUCUCGUGAUUUUAUUGUUAAAGAAACAUGUAAUUUCUGAGUGUCGUAGAAAUUUUCUUCUCACUUUUUCAUUAAAUAUAUUUUGUCUUCCGCUAAAUAACAUUCAACUGAUCAUUUCAAAAACAAAAAAAUUGUAUAAAUGUUGAUAAAUAUUAAUUUAAUAGAGGUUAACGACUGACAUGUUUUUUUCUGUGGCUGAAUGAAAAAUAAAAAAAUUAAUAAUCACAAAACAAAAAAAGAAUCGACACAUUGAAACAAUAAAUAAUAACUUCUUCUAAAAUAUCAAAUUUUCUAGAGAAUAAUAAAAAUAAAAAAACCAAUUAAAUAAUUAAAAAUUCUCUAAAUUAAAUUAAAAAAAUAAAAAAAAACAUUUUUAAAAAAAUGAAGACGUUUAUUGUUCGUAAAACAAAUUGUUUAUCGGUAUAAUGCCAAAAAAAAAAAGAAAUAAAUCAAAUAAAAGAUUAUUAUUAUGUAUA